CCCCGCUGUGUGUGAUCGCAGAUGGCGGGUGAGAAAGCGCCAGAGAAGAAGCCCGGUGAGAAGAAGCCGGCCAAGAAGAAGGCAGGGGAGAAGAAGCCGGUGGAGCAGAAGCCAAGCCAGAAAGCAGCGGGAGACAAGAAGAAGAGGGUGAAGAAGUACCAUGCCAGCCGUAACCCCGUGCUGGCCCGAGGCAUCGGGAGGUAUUCCCGCUCAGCCAUGUAUGCCAGGAAAGCCCUGUACAAGCGCAAGUACACGGCCCCGGAGACAAAGAUAGAGAAGAAGAAGAAGGAAAUGCCCCGUGCCACCAUCACUAAGCCAGUGGGUGGGGACAAGAAUGGAGGCAGCCGGGUGGUGAAAAUCCGGAAAAUGCCCAGGUACUACCCCACGGAGGACGUUCCCCGGAAGCUGCUGAGCCAUGGCAAGAAGCCGUUCUGCGAGCACAAGCGGCGCCUGCGGGCGUCCAUCACCCCCGGCACGGUGCUGAUCCUGCUCACCGGCCGGCACCGCGGCAAGCGUGUUGUGUUCCUGAAGCAGCUUGAUACUGGCCUUCUGCUUGUUACAGGCCCCCUGGCUGUCAACCGUGUCCCUCUGCGCAGGGCCCACCAGAAAUUCGUUAUUGCCACCUCCACAAAAGUGGAUCUCACUGGGGUGAAAAUUCCCAAACAUCUCACUGAUUCCUACUUCAAGAAGAAGAGGCUGAGGAAGCCCAAGCAUCAGGAAGGAGAGAUCUUUGACACUGAGAAAGAAAAGUACGAGCUGACGGAGCAGCGCAAGGCAGACCAGAAGGCAGUGGAUUCCCAGAUCCUGGCAAAGAUCAAGAAGGUGCCUCAGCUCCGGGGGUACCUGCGCUCCACAUUCUCUCUCUCAAACGGAGUUUAUCCUCACAAAUUGGUGUUCUGAGCCUUCUGGAAGCACCACAUUAAACUCCAAGGGAAAAAAAAAAAAAAAAAA